AUGGACGUCAUCAACGGCAGCUGGAAGUUAGUCAGGUCGAUCAGCCGCAUCGGACGGACCAGAGGGCGAGAUGACGAGCGGGAGAUCGAGAUAGGCGCGCCGACGGGCGUGAGCCACGUGACGCACGUCACCUUCGACCGCUUCCAGGGCUUCCUCGGCCUGCCUGAUGACUUUCACGGAGAGCUGCCGUCACGAGCCCUCAGCGCGAGCCGGACCGUGUUUGGGGUGCGGCCGGAGACGUUACAGUGUUCGCAUGACUUGGAGGGCAACCAGGUGCCGGACAUUCUGCUGCAGCUGCAGGCGCUGCUCUACGGCAAGAACGGGCUGCAGACGGAGGGCAUAUUUCGAGUGGCAGCACAGAACGACCAUGAGGACUGGAUCCGAGAGCAGGUCAACCUGGGCCUGGUGCCGCGCAACAUCGACGUGCAUGCCAUCGCAGGCCUCAUCAAGGCGUGGUUUAGGGAGCUACCAGAAGGCCUGCUGGACCGCCUAAAGCCAGAGAAAGUAGCGGCAGCAGAGAGGGAGGAGCAGAUGCUGGCGCUGGUGGCCACACUGCCCGCGCUGCAGGCCGGCAUGCUGGACUGGGCUGUGGGGCUCAUGGCGGAUGUGGUGCAGCACGAGGCCAGCAACAAGAUGAACGCGCAUAACAUUGCUGUUGUCUUCGCGCCCAACAUGACCCAGAUCGUGGACCCGCUCAUUGGCUUCCAGCACGUCAUCAAGCUCAUGGACCUGCUCAGAGUGGUGCGAAAGCUGCUGAGGAUCGUGGACCCGCUCAUCGGCUUCCAGCACGUCAUCAAGCUCAUGGACCUGCUCAGAGCACUCGUGCAGCGCAAGCUCAAGCAGCGGCUCGACAACCCUCCUCCGCCCGCCGCUGCUCUCACGGACCAACCAUUUCAGGACGGGGCGGAGGAGGCGGAAGAGGAGAGGGAGGAGGAUGGUCAGGAGCGGCAUGGUUCAGGCAGCCCGGGUGGCUUUAUGGGGAAUGGACCGAAUGGUGUGCAUGGCAAGAACAGGGAGCAUGGGGAGGAAAGGGAGGAUGAGGAGGAGGAGGAGGUGUUCUCAGAUGAGUGUGCGACACCACUGCCAGAGGACGACCCUCACACGCCCAUUGCCAGACCUCUUGUUCCCGAGCCUCUCAUUCCCGGACCUCGUGGCGAGCCUCCGUUUGGUUCGCCUAGCAGGAUGGGAGAGAGGAGAGGCGGAGGAGGAGGGGAGGGAGGUGGGGCGGUGGAGGGAAGAGGAGGGAGAAGAGUAGGACCGAGCAAAGGGAGAGGGGCGGGGCGAGGAGGGAGAGCACAUGGGCGACGGGCAGAGGGAGCAAGAGCGGUAGAGGGAGUUGCAGGAGGUUUUGGAGGGGUUGGAGGGGACCGGGUGCCUGUUCCCGUGUGCAGGAGUGAGGAGGUACAGGGCUCAGCAUGCAUGCUGGACAAUAGGCUGGGGAGCAGCAGGGCAGGUGAUGGUCUAGAACUGGGAGGGGAGAAUAGACUGGUUGGUGGUAGCGGUAGCUGGGAGGGGGUGCGCACAGCAGAGACAACAGCACCUACCGCCGCGGCGGUGACAACAGGCGCUGCAGCGGUAGGUGCUGGCACGAAGGCGCUUCACGAGCAGCACCAGCAGGAACAACAGCUGCAGCAGCAGCAGCAGCAGCAGCAGCAGCGGCGGCGGGAGCAACGGCGGGUGGGAGAUGGGCAGGAGGGGGCUGAAGGGAUGGAUGAGGGGAGCAGUGGCAGCGAGGGGGAGGCCGUGGUGUGUCAUGGCUGGGACACCAGGCCAGGUGUGCCUGGUGUGCCCAGAGUGCCAGGCACUUCCCUUUCCGUUUCAACCAGUGGCGGCGAUUCCCCCCACCUAUUGCUGCCCUUGCAGCAGCAUCAGCAGCAGCAGCAGCCGUUCCAGCCGGCGUGGAAGCAGCGCGGUGCAGAGCGGUGCAGCACGUUGAGCAUGGAGUGCGGGCUGAGCAUGGACGGCAGCAGCAUGUUCAGUCCACACGGGGGAGGCAUGCUGAGUCCUUGUGAGAGCAUAGACAGCCCAGGGGGAGUCCUUGCCACACCUGUGGGCCUCACAGGAGCAGCUGCUGCUGAUCCUGCUUUCUUCCUGAGGUUCCGCAACAAUUCACGCGAGCAGCAGGGUCUUUCCGCUCACGCGCCUCAGCAGGCGAUCCUGCCUGCCGCCCCCCCUGUUGGGGGGACUGUUGGUCUUUACGCCCGGGCACAUGCUGCUGCUGCUGCUGCUGCUGCUUCCCCUGCUUCCUCCCCUGCUGCUCCCGCUGCCACUGCUGCUGCUGCCGGGGUUGCGAGUCUGGUUUCCCCAGCAGCAGGCAGUGCAGCCUCCUCUCCCAUUGCGUCAAGCCAUGCAACAAGCCCUGUGGCCUUCUCUCCCACCGCCCCAAGUCCUGCAGCCUCCUCUCCCACUACCGGCACCCCCAGUCCAGCAGCUGAGAGGCGGCACGGAGGGCACAAGGGAGGGUUCAAGGGCGACCUGUGGUCCAGGCGAAAGGGACCUGCAGUGCCCCACUCCCGCCUCUCCCUCCCUUCUGCAGCCUCCCCCUCUGCUGCCGCUGCGUGCGCCAGUGAUGGUGCUUGCUCUGCUAGUGCCAAUGUGUCUCGCUCUGCCAGCAGCGAUGCCACUGCUGGAGCUGGCACUACUAGCAGUGACGUGACACCCACACGUUCCUCCACCAGUGGUGGCCUGACGCCCACUGCGCCCCUCACACCCACCCCUCCCUUAACUCCCACGCCUCCCUCCCGUCCGCUCAAAGACCCUGCCUCCCAUUCCUCGUCCCCCCUGCGCUCGCCUCUGCUGGGACGCAGACGAGGGUACAAAGAAAAGAAGCAUUCUCCGGGGAAGCACCAGCAGCAGCAGCAGCAGCAGCAGCAGCAGCAUCAGCAGCAGCAUCAGCAAGCGGUGCUGGCAUUGUCAGCAGUAGCAGCAGGGGCAGCAGGAGCAGCAGGUGCAGGGAGUGAGUUUAUUCCAGCAUUGACCCCCCGGUCAGGGUUUGGUGCAGUUCGAGGCACACCCCCUUCGGAGCCCCAUCCAAACCCUGUUGUCACCCCGCGGUCGUUCCUCUCCCGCCAGUUCCCAGGAGGGUCGGGUUUUGGUGCGGUUCCCGGCACGCCUCCUCCUCAUUCCCCGCGCCUCUUCCCCCUCUCGCCGCGGAAUUUCUUUAGAAAGCACAAAGGGUAA